ACCCGGUAAUCCGGUAACUUAUCGGGUUAUAACUACACCCGACAAUUUCACCCCCUUUUUGUCUAUGCGAACUCGUGUGGGGUUUCUUGAUGCGUCUCCGAUUCUUCAUCCAGCUCGAAUUAUUACACUAAAUUAAGCUUGACUUAAGGAUAGGCAUCACAAUCCAAUAUUUGGUGCUGAUUCGAAUGGUGUUUUUGUGUAACGAGCAUCAUAUCUACUAGUUGACACGACAAGAUGAAUUUACCUACACACAUGUCCGGACAGUUUUCUGGGCAGGUACCGAAUCAAUCUGGGACUUCAAUGUCUGCCGUGCCACAUCAGCAGAAUAUAAUGCAAAAUUCUGGAGGUCAGCGUAAUACACUUAACAUGGAGCCUGGCCUUGUGAAUUUUCGGCGUUUUAUACAGGAGAAAAUCUAUGAUUUCUUAAUGCGACGACCACAAACUCAGGAGAUAAAUCCAAAGAAGAUGUUAGACAUUGUUAGACGCUUAGAAGAAGGCCUGUUUAAAACUGCAACCACUAAGGAGGAAUACAUGAAUAUAGAGACACUGGAAACCCGUUUACAUGUUUUGAUCAAACGCCUCCCCUUUAGUAGUCACAAUCAACAAUAUCAGCAACAAGGAAACACUUCGGUUCCCAUGGGAACUAUGAUUCCAAAUCCCGGCAUGCCUCAAACCGGGAAUUCAAGUAUAAUGGUUCCGUCAUCUAUGGAUACUAUGGUGCUGCCAGCUGUCAGCACAGGGAACUUUUUGCCCAAUAACACUCGAAUUCCCAGUGGGAUGCACAAUGGUUCGUUAAGUUCAUCUGAUGGUAUGACGAAUGGCUAUCAGCAGUCGAUAGCAAAUUUCUCGAAUAACUUAGGUGGAAACGGUUUGAUUUCAUCGAUGGGUGCACAAAGAAUGGCCAGUGCCAGCCAAAUGAUACCUACUCCGGGGUUUAAUAACAGUGAUAGCACAAGCACAAGCAAUCAGUCGUACAUGAAUAUGGAUUCUUCUAACAGUCUUGUUGGGCUAUCAGCUAUUGACUCUACAACCGUAUCUCAGCCGCUGCAACAAAAGCAGCAAGUUGCUGGUCAAACUCAAAACAGCCGAAUAUUGCAUACCCUAGGGAGCCAUAUGGGUGGGGGAAUCAGGUCUAGUGCACAAAGAAAAGCAUACGGGUUUUCAAAUGGAUCAAUGAACAGUGGUUUAGGAAUGAUCGGAAAUCAGUUACCAAUCAUGAAUGGUUCUGGAACCUCAGAAAGCUAUGUAACGGGUUCUAACUCUGGAAAUGUUUAUGUUCCCCCAAAUUCUGCUACAUCGUUGAUGAAUACUCAGGACAUGAACUCGGUAAGCUUGCAUGCGUUACAUAAAACAAGCUCUCCCAUGAUGGUCAAUCAUUCGAAUUUGGUCAACACUCAGCAGGGGUCAAAUAUGACACCUUUAAUUGAUCAAUCAGCAAAGAUGGAUUUCCGGUCUCAGCAUACACUACAGAAGCCUGUCCAUUUUCAGCAGCAACUUGUUCAUAAUCAAAGUCAAAAUCAAAGUCAACAAAAGCAGCAAUAUCAGCAAUUAUCAUAUGGCCAGUCUCAGCUAAUACCUGAUCCUGGUGGUCAACAGUAUAUCUCUGACCAUUUCCAGUCUUCCCAAACAAUCAAUCACUUUCAAGAGAAAUCUGGGGAAGGUCAAAAUGGUCUUUCUAGCUCGAUAGGAGUCCAACCAGGGUCUGUAAUGCAGGGCCAGUGGCACUCACGGUCUCAAGAAAUGCUACCUGUACAAGGUAACACGUUAGAGCAAAAUGUCAAAGAAGAAUUUAGCCAAAGAUUGACUGGUCAAGAUCAAGCUCAAAGGAACAAUCUUUCUUCAGAAGGAUCUAUUACCUAUCAAAGUGCUGCCAAUAAAUCCAUAGAUCCACCCAACUCUGGUGCUAUUUCCAAAUCUGUUAAUCUAAACCGUGAAUUACAGUUCAAGAAUCAACAAAGGUGGCUAUUGUUCUUACGCCAUGCUCGCAAAUGUGUUCAUCCACCAGGAAAAUGUCUAGAAAAAUAUUGUAUCACUGCUCAAGAGCUGUUGAACCAUAUGGCAUCAUGUAACGAUCUGGUUCACUGUCAAUAUCCACGUUGUCGAAGUACAACGCGUUUACUCUAUCAUCAUAGGCGCUGUAGGGAUCCUAGUUGUCCUGUUUGCGUCCCAGUAAAGCGUUUUCUGCUACUGAAAGGGGCCCCACGUGAAGAGUCUAGUCAAUAUAGCAUGAAGACGAGUCCGUCUGUUGUUGAAACUUCACAAGAUUUAAAUCCAACUUUGAAACGAUUGAAAAUAGAACAGUCAUCACAAUCAAUAGCUACUGAAAGUCAAACGCCUGCCGUAACGGUUCCCGUCACCAGUCCAUCUCAACUUCAGGAUGAACGCGAUUACACCAGUACAGUUCCCCCAAAACCGGAGGUUAAGGGGGUAAAACUGGAAGUUCCUUCAAGUUCUAAUCAUGGAAGUCCCAAGAAAGACUACGUGGAAAAUUCCGGAAACCAAAAGUUCAAAGGUGACCCAGUUGUGCCUACUAAAGUCACUGGUUUACCUAAACAGGAGUUGGUUAAGACUGAGAUAGAGGUGGGCCCGGGCCAGGGCCUGCCUAAACCGGAAAAUGCAGCACUUUCGGCUGAAGCUUGUUCCGGAACCAAAUCGGAGAAAGCAAAUAUAAAGGGAGUAUCAAUGAUAGAGUUAUUUACACCAAAGCAGGUUUGGGAGCAUAUCUCUGGUCUCAGGCAGUGGGUCGGCCAGAGCAAAGCAAAAGUAGAAAAGAAUCAAGCUCUGGAACACUCGAUGAGCGAGAAUUCAUGUCAACUAUGUGCAGUUGAAAAGCUCACUUUUGAACCACCACCUAUAUAUUGUACACCUUGUGGUGCUCGUAUUAAAAGAAAUGCGAUGUUUUACACUGUUGGCGCUGGUGAUACCCGUCACUACUUCUGUAUCCCUUGCUACAAUGAAUCCCGUGGAGACACUAUUAACGUUGACGGAACUAAUAUAUUGAAAGCUAGAUUAGAGAAAAAGAAAAACGAUGAGGAAACUGAAGAAUGGUGGGUUCAAUGUGACAAGUGUCAAGCAUGGCAACAUCAAAUAUGUGCGUUGUUUAAUGGUAGAAGAAAUGACGGUGGACAAGCGGAAUACACGUGUCCGAAUUGUUAUGUAGAAGAAGUUGAAAGAGGAGAGAGAAGUCCCUUACCGCAGAGUGCUGUACUCGGAGCAAAAGAUUUACCGAGAACCAUUCUUAGUGAUCAUAUCGAGAGUAGGUUGUUUGGAAAACUUAAACAAGAGAGACUAGAGCGCGCUAGGGUCCAUGGUAAAAGUUAUGACGAGGUUCCAGGAGCGGAAUCACUUGUUGUCAGAGUUGUAUCAUCCGUGGACAAGAAAUUGGAAGUCAAACCGCGAUUUCUUGAGAUCUUUCAAGAUGAAAAUUACCCUGUUGAAUUUGGGUACAAGUCUAAGGUAGUUUUAUUGUUUCAGAAAAUCGAAGGAGUUGAAGUAUGUCUUUUCGGGAUGUAUGUUCAAGAAUUUGGAGCAGAGUGUGAGCAGCCAAAUCAUCGCCGUGUGUAUCUUUCAUAUUUGGAUUCAGUCAAGUACUUUAGGCCCGAGAUUAGGGCUGUCACAGGGGAGGCUCUCCGUACAUUUGUAUAUCAUGAAAUUCUGAUAGGUUACCUAGAAUAUUGCAAAUUACGCGGUUUCACAAGUUGCUAUAUAUGGGCUUGCCCUCCAUUGAAGGGUGAAGAUUAUAUAUUGUAUUGUCAUCCAGAAAUUCAGAAGACACCAAAAUCUGAUAAACUAAGAGAAUGGUAUUUGUCGAUGUUGAGGAAGGCUUCGAAGGAAAAUAUUGUAGUUGGUCUUACUAAUCUGUAUGAUCAUUUUUUUGUAUCUACUGGUGAAUGUAAAGCUAAGGUAACCGCAGCUCGAUUACCCUACUUUGACGGAGACUAUUGGCCAGGUGCCGCUGAAGAUAUGAUUCAUCAGAUUCGUCAAGAAGAAGAAGGAAGAAAAAAUAAAAAAGGAUUAAUGAAAAAGUCCCUAACAAAGAGAGCUUUGAAAGCCUCUGGUCAAACCGAUCUUUCCGGUAAUGCAUCCAAAGAUCUGCUACUGAUGCAUCGGCUUGGUGAUUCAAUUUCUCCAAUGAAGGAAGAUUUCAUUAUGGUUCAUUUGCAGCAUGCGUGCACACAUUGCUGUAUUCUUAUGGUAUCUGGAAAUCGUUGGGUCUGCAAUCAGUGCAAAAAGUUUCAGAUCUGUGAUAGUUGUUAUGAAGUUGAACAAAAACUUGAGGAUAGGGAGAGGCAUCCUAUCAAUCAUAGGGAGAAACAUCCGCUUUAUCCAAUUGAAAUUAACGAUGUUCCGGAGGAUACCAAAGAUAAAGACGAGAUUCUCGAGAGUGAAUUUUUCGACACGCGUCAGGCUUUUCUUAGCCUUUGUCAAGGAAACCACUAUCAAUACGAUACACUUCGUCGUGCAAAACAUUCAUCAAUGAUGGUGUUGUACCAUCUUCAUAAUCCAACCGCACCUGCGUUUGUGACAACGUGCAACCGAUGUCAUAACGAUAUAGAAACAGGACAAGGUUGGCGUUGCGAUGUUUGUCCCGACUAUGAUGUCUGCAAUUCCUGCUAUCACAAAGACGGAGGCAUUGAUCAUCCUCAUAAGUUGACACCUCAUACCUCCAUUGCUGAGCGCGAUGCACAGAAUAAAGAAGCUCGCCAACAACGUGUUGUACAGCUUAGGAAAAUGCUUGAUCUUCUGGUACAUGCAUCUCAGUGUCGGUCCCCUGUUUGCCAGUAUCCAAACUGUAGAAAGGUGAAGGGACUUUUCCGACACGGGAUUAAUUGCAAAGUACGCGCUUCUGGUGGCUGUGUUCUUUGCAAGAAAAUGUGGUAUCUUCUUCAACUUCAUGCUCGCGCAUGUAAAGAAUCCCAAUGUCAUGUACCGCGCUGCAGAGAUCUGAAGGAACAUUUGAGAAGGCUCCAACAACAGUCCGACAGUAGGCGGAGGGCUGCGGUAAUGGAGAUGAUGAGGCAGCGUGCGGCCGAGGUUGCUGGCGGAAGCGGAUGACAAAGUUGUAAAUAUAUCGAAAAGUUGUAUCAUAGUGUGAUUCAAAGAAUUCUCAAGUGUAUUUAUAGGCACAGGAACAUGACGAUGACGAAAAAAGAAAUGGUAACAAACGAAGGCCACAGGAGAGUUAUUGUUGACAUUACAUAAUCAUCUUCUUCCCUGUAGGUUGGGUUGAUUCGGUUACCGGUGAUUCUUUGAUUCUUGGAUUCUGUAAUGUUGUCAUCAUGGCGUGGCAAGGUAUACCGUAGAUUUCGGUUUUCCGAUGUACUCUUCAUGUAGUUUAUGCUUAGAAACAGCUGUUGUAGAUGUUUAAAGGUCAAAAGGAACCAAACAGGAACUACACUGUUGUAUCAUAUCUUCAGUGAAUUUUUAUGAACAAUCAAUGAAUUCACCAUAAACAAACAAAAA